CGGGAACGGGAACGGGAUCGGGAUCGGGAUCGGGACCUGGACUAGGAUCGGGACCGGGACGGGGAUUGGGAUCGCGAUUGAGACAUGGACCGGGACAUGGAUCGGGAUCGGGACCCGGAUCAGGACCGGGAUCGGGUCCGGGAACCGGAGCCGUGUCCCGCCCGGCGCCCCCCCAAAGCCCGGCCCGGGCCGCCCCCCGGCCCCACGCGCUGGGGCAUCUGCUCGGCCGGGGCCAUCAGCCACGACUUCGUGCUGGCCCUGCAGACCCUGCCCGCCUCGGAGCACACGGUGGUGGCCGUGGCCGCGCGGGAUUUGGGGCGCGCCCAGGCCUUCGCCCGGCACUUCGGGGUGCCCCGAGCCUACGGAUCCUAUGAGGAGCUGGCCGAGGACCCCGACGUGGACGUGGUGUACGUGGGGGCGGUGAACCCCGCGCACCUGCCCGCAGGGCUGCUGUUCCUGCGCCGCGGCCGCGCCGUGCUCAUGGAGAAGCCGAUGGCGCUCGGGGCCCGCGAGGUCGCGCAGCUCGUGGGGACGGCGCGGGAGCGCGGCGUGUUCCUGAUGGAGGGGUUCUGGACCCGUUUUUUCCCCGCCUGGCGCCGCCUGCGCUCGCUCGCGGCCGGGGGGGGCCCUGGGGACCCCCCCUGGUGCUGCGGGGGGAGCUCGGCUUCGCCCCUGGGGGGGGUCCCGCGGCUGCGCGAGCCGGGGCUGGGCGGGGGGGCCCUGCUGGACCUCGGUGGCUACGGGCUGCAGAUGGCACUGGCCCUGCUGGGGGGGGGCCAGCCCCCCACCUGUCUGCGGGCCCACGGCGUGCUGCACCCCACCGGCGUGGACGAGUCGGUGUCGGUGACGCUCGAGUUCCCGGGGGGGAACCUGGCCGCGCUCACCUUCUCCAUGGCCGCGGAGCUGCCGGGGGGGGCGGCCCUGGGGGGGCCGCGGGGCUGGGCCGAGCUGCCCAGCCACAUGAACUGCCCCACCGAGCUGCUCUGGGGGGGUCGCCGCGAGCGCUUCCCGCUGCCCCCCCCGGCCGAGCCCCUCAACUUCCCGCACAGCACCGGGCUGCGCUACGAGGCACAGCACGUGCGGGAGUGCCUGCUGCAGGGACUGACCGAGAGCCCGGAGAUGCCGCUGGCCGAGAGCGAGGUCAUCGCGCGGCUGCUGGACGAGGCGCGGGCGCAGGUGGGGGAGCGACUGUCCGGAGCGGCCGCUGACCCUCCCGAGUGACCACUGACCCUCCCGAGUGACCACUGGAGUGACCUCUGACCCCCCAGGUGACCCUGGAGUGACCAUGGCGGCUCUGGCGCCGCCUGCCCGUGGUUUAAUAAAAUCUCCAAAACCUCGGAAA